GCAGAUCACUCCGGCUCGCUCCCCCAGCAUGUUUCAGAAAUGUGGUAGGUUAUUCUACAGGAACGAUGGCUGCAACGAACUCGGAACAUCUCUGGGAAUCUGGACGCGUGAUAUCCUUCGAAUCACGGAGAAGUUGUUACUGAUUUGGCUAUAACUACUGUAUUCAACUAAAUAAAGAAUAAGUAUCGUCUGGGCUGGCGCGCGGGUUUGUUUUGUUUCUGCGUGGCGAAUGUUAACGAUAGCUAGCUAACUAAGCAGCACAGUAUCAAGCUAGCGAGUCAAUAUUGUGACAUUGUAGCUAAUCUAGCUAGCUAACACCUAGGUUGUUUCUAGCUUGGUACUCAGUAUAGUGGGAGCUGGUGUGUAGGUAAUGUUCUCCGUACUUUCAUACGGUAGACUGGUUGCCAGAGCAGUAAUUGGCGGACUCUCUCAAACGGAUAGCCGCGACUACAGCCUGGUAACAGCAAGCUGCGGGUUUGGGAAGGAUUUUCGGAAGGGUAUCUUGAAGAAAGGGAUGUGCUACGGCGACGACGCUUGCUUCAUUGCCCGACAUAAAUCUGCCGAUGUUUUGGGUGUGGCAGAUGGAGUGGGUGGUUGGAGAGACUACGGUGUGGACCCAUCACAGUUUUCAGGGACCCUUAUGAAGACCUGUGAGCGGCUGGUAAAGGAGGGGCGCUUCGUUCCAAGCAACCCUGUGGGCGUCCUCACAAGCAGCUACUAUGAGCUCCUACAGAACAAAGUGCCUCUGCUGGGUAGCAGCACGGCCUGUAUCGUGGUGCUGGACCGGCAGAGCCAUCGGCUGCACACUGCUAACUUGGGAGACUCAGGCUUCCUGGUGGUGCGGGAAGGAGAGGUGGUGCACCGCUCUGAUGAACAGCAGCACUACUUCAACACCCCCUUUCAGCUCUCUAUCGCCCCACCCGAGGCAGAGGGGGCCGUCCUCAGUGACAGUCCCGACGCUGCAGACAGCUCCUCCUUCGAUGUCGAGUUGGGGGACAUAAUUCUCACAGCCACAGACGGCCUCUUCGACAACAUGCCCGACUACAUGAUCCUACAGGAGCUGAAAAAACUCAAGAACACCAACUAUGAGAGUAUCCAGCAGACAGCCAGGAGCAUUGCAGAGCAGGCCCAUGUUCUGGCAUACGACCCCAACUACAUGUCGCCUUUUGCACAGUUUGCCUGUGACAAUGGACUGAAUGUAAGAGGAGGAAAGCCAGAUGACAUCACCGUGUUGCUGUCAAUAGUGGCAGAGUACACAGACUAGAGACUGUAUUGAGGCUAGGAGGGGAAUUCGGAGUUUCCUCUUGCCAUCUGUCUCUUGAAGAUGUCAGACUGCUUUGAUUCCUGCUGGCGGGGAUUAGGGACUAAUGUUGGUGGCUGACUGAGCCCACCUUCGGCCCCCUGAGAUAAUCAGUCCUCCAGGACUCAAUCAGGCCUAUUUCUCAGAUGGAACACUGACAAUACAUGCACUGAUGUCACCACCAUCAGAACUGAGUGUUAAUCUUUAAUAGUCUGAAUGGAUAAAUAAAGCAUAGGGUUAAGUUCUGACGUCUCUGGUUAGAAUACCUGCUGCAAAGUAUCUAUCUGGGAAAUGUCCCAGUUGUCAUUGACCUAAUCCCCGUUCAGUGGGAUGAAGGACAUCAGCAUGUUGGAGAUGAGGCUCUGGCUCUCACAUUAUUUUUGGACUUGGAGCAAAGCUCAGGAUGGAGAGAGAGGAGAGAAAAAAGGUGGUCAGUAUUAGCCAGUCAAAAGUGAAUGAGCGUCAGAAUUGAAAAUCUGUGAAUCAUGCCAAUGAGGGUUAAUCACAGGAACCGAGCUGAUUCAAGACGGGAAGUAGGAUCAUACCAUCAAGUCGAAACGAUAGGGCCACGAAAACGUAACUUUUACAUUGACUCACAUUAACCACAAAAACAAACAAUUAAAAGACGUUGAAGGGCAAAAGAAAUAUGCGGGUAUAAGGGCAUGCAUCAUUGUGAUAUUAAAGGAUGUUAGAAUGUUUUGGUAGAUCUUUGCUAUUUUAAGUUGUUUGACUGAUCUAAGGAGUUGUAUGAAGACUAGGUGCAGUUGCCACAUACUUUGCCAUAUCAGUACAAUUUGGGUCAAACACAGACCAAGUUUAUCAUUUCUAAGGAUGUGAAAUGGUCAAAUUGCUUUUUUCUUUAUGGCUUGACGUUUCUGUCAAACCUGUUCUCUGACCCCUGCUGCGACAUAAAGAGUGAGUGUGACUGCAAGUGAUGUUGAAGGUUAUUAUGUGUGAUAGAGUAACCUCUAGUCUGUCGCGUGUCAGAUGUUUAUAUUGUGUACAUGCGGAAUGGAUGGUUUUUAUGUAGGCUACACCGCUUUUUUAAAUAUCCACUGGGACGCAGUGGUAAUAACCAUUUACGCACAAAGUUAAAGAAAGCAUAUCUGAACGUUCACAGUGGACGUUGGUCAAGUGACCAAGCAGAUAUCAAUUUAUUUCUGCUUUGGUUUGAUGCGGUGGGAAUCUGUACUGAUCUCAGUUUCAGUUUAGCUUCAGGAAAAAGUGUCACAAUCAGAAUUUCUCAGUUGUCCUCGCUGUAAAGCUCCAAUGGCACAUUUGAUGACGUCUUAUGGAUCAGGUCACUAGUGUUUUUAUUUAAUUUAACCGGUUUUCAUUUUCUUUUUUGCUGUAGUCAAAAAUGUGCACUUUGCAUUUACAACAUAACUCAUGUGCAGAAACAUUUUAAGUGACAUUUCCUUUGUAAAGGAAAAUUCCACCACAAAGUAGUCAAUUGUUUAAAUUGUCCCGAAAUGUAUUGCUUGUAAGCAAUCAAGUUUAAGAUAAUUAACUUAAAAAAUUAAAAAACAUCACUUGAUGCAAAACACAGAUUCAUAUGAUGCAAAAUGCAUCAUACAGGGAUGAUUUUGUAUUUUCAAAACUAUAUUGCUGACAAGAAAAACCUUUUGGGACUAUGAAACAAAUACCAAAAUAUUGUUUUUGGGUGAGGUUUCCUUUAACAUGUACUAUGUACAUGUUGAUUUAUGGAGCUGAUGUGCCUUGUAUCAGAUGUUAUUGAUAGUGGCAAAAUUGUGUAUCAUAUUGUUCCCUAAACCCCACACUGUGUCAGAUAUGGAGACAGAGUAGAAAUGGACAAGUAGCCAUAUGAUUCACACUUACUUUUCCCAUCAUGCCCUGCUGUCUUAAUGCUUAAUCUGCGCCAUCUGAUGAGAGACCUCUCGUUCCCUUUCAAUGUGUUCAAUGCCUUUCACCAUGAGAAACAUUCAAAUUUGAAUGGCCAAGCUAUUUAUUUUUAAAAGGGGGGGUAAAGCAUGACAAAUGAUCUUAGAAUCUUUAAAGGCCCAAUGCAGCUGUUUUAUAUAAAUAUCAAAUUACUUCGGAACAAUUAAGUACAUUACUGUAAUAGAUUUCCAUAAAAAUUUGAAAAAAAUUGCUUUUUAGAAGUUUGGAACCCACAUUUCAGUUGUACAACUGACUAGGUAUCCCCCUUUCCCUUUCUUUGUUAUUAGUCUAUUAACCAAUUUACCGCAUGGUGAUUUUACCAUGGAAAGCCCAAACUCCUGCACAUGCAAAAUUGCUGAUUAUAAGCUGUGCAGAUUGUAUUUUCAACCAGAAACUAACUAUCAGGAAAAAUAACAAAAAAUCUCACUUUUACAGAGUUUCAUCAGCUAUGAUAUGAUAUAAUACACAGGAAAAAACAUUUUUGACUGUGUUGUACCCCUUAGGUUUUCUUUCUGUUGGUGUCAUGGUGUUCCCUCACUACAGGCUACUGUCCUGCUUCAAGGGCUCUCCCCUAACUAGGAAAAUAAUAUCUAUGCCGUUACUGACUGAUGUAGGGCUACCAGGUAAUGCCCUGCAUACAUUUCUUACUGCGCUGGGAGUUGAAACACACUUGCACUGGAUGGCCCAAAUGUUUUCACAAACAUGGCACUGUAGAGAUUGCCAAGAACCUCACCAGCCUUAAAAUACAAGCAAUUCUCCCUGUCAGACGGAACUAUAUCAGAGCUUCUCCAUGAUAUCCAUAUCCUGCUCCCCACUGACUUAGUGACCUGACCUGCCAGUUCCCCUGUUCUGUUGGCCAGUUCCAGACUUCAGUUAAUCGUGAGAGCUGCAUGUAACGUUAUCGAUAUUUUGUAUGUACAGUUCAACAAUGCAGAGACCCAGUUUCUGUUUAACAUGUUUUCAAAGCUGUAACAUAUUUCAAUAAAGUACAGUAUUUAUUA